AUAAUUAUGCAUGCAUAACAUAAAGGGCGAAAGGGCGAAAGGUCGCAGCAAUCGCGACCAUAUUCUUGAGCCGGUGAACGUGAACGCGUGGAAAUGAAUCUUCAUUCUAAUUCAAUUGGUUGAGUAGCAUUAUUAGUAUGGAAAGGCAAUAUGGUGACGAAGGUAGUAUUGUAUCGAGUAUAUCAAGAAAAGGUGGAAUCGAUUAGACAUUUAAUCGAUUGAAGUGAAGAAUUGAUCAAAUUUUUGAUGAUGUGAGGGGAAUAAUAUGAUAUGAAUUGAUUGAUAUGUACCCAGAUACUUGCAGUUAAAGCUAAAGCUGCAGGAGUGUAAUAAUAGAAAUGGACAUUUUCGUUCUUUCAUGGAUCGCGUUCUCAUGCAAGUCAUUUUUCACGAUUCGAGAACGAAAAGAACACGAAGAAUCGCCAUUUCCCCUCGAUCUUUUAAUUGAGACGCGAAGAUGUUCUUAUACUUUAAGUGAGUCGCGUUUCUCGCGAUGGGAAAGGUUUCAACUAGUUCGUACUAUGAUAUGAGAUUUCCUCAUCCCUUUCCCCCCUGGCGUGGAGAAAGAGCCACUAGUUUUGAGCAGUGGGCGAAUGGCCUUGCGGAAUUGAGAUUGCAUGAUUGAGAUGUGUCUCGCUUGUGGAUUGGUGAUCCUGGCUGGGCUUAUGAUUCUCAUGAUGGUAUCCCGGUUUGGACUUGGACGUACGGGGGGUUUGUGAGAGUGGUUUUGGGUUUCUCGGGACGUUUCGAACUCUUAUUGGGAGGGGAGAUGGGGAUUGGUGGGUUUUCGCGUGGGCUACGCGCUGGUGAUGCGUGAUUGAGUGGGAGGUAUUGGAUUGGCAUUGGAAUUGGCUAUGCAGAGGAGAUCUGAGUCGAUGGGUGAAUGCUGGAGCUAGAUGUAAGGGAAGAGAAGAGUAGAAACUUGAAUUGAUGAAUUGAGUGGAUAUGAUAUGUAUGGAUGAACAAGCAAGCAGGCAUACUCUGUACAUACUGUAUGUAUCUACCAGGUAUUCAAAAAGGGAAAUGGAAACGAGAGGCUUUCCAAUAUAGACCUGCAUUCCCCCUACUCUUCUUCUCUUUUCGUGCUCCCUCUCUAAUAUCUAUCCAUCUUGUUUUGAUCUUUCUUGAUUGUUUUGAUCUUCGUGAUUUGGAUUCCGAAAUCAAUUAAACUUUUCUUGCUUGUGUGGGGAAACAUAUUGUUUACCUUCCAUCACCUCUCGAGCCUCUUCAUAGUACAUUGUACUCUUCACCAAAAGCCAUCAAGUUGUUGCUAGCUCAAGUAGCUUGACAUAAUAACUUCCAUCUAACCUUUCCAAACAUAACAAAACGAUCCAAGCAAGGCUAAGAGCUCUCGAAUCUCGAUUUGCCGACACAGACACUCUGCACACACUGUAUUACCAUCUCCACUUUAUUCGCUCCUUUCGCGAACGCGACUGGCUUCUUUUUCUUCCUUUUCCUGCCACCACCUUUUUUGAAAUCCUUCCCACGAAAUACUCGAAGCACAGCAUCAUAGUUAAUUAUCUCCUUCUAUCCAAAUCUUGCAAAAAAUCAUUUCACUCAUUUACCCAAACUCAUUGAUAAACAAUUGAUUUACACAUCGUCCGAAAAGGAAAGAAAGAAUUGAAGAAAGAUAAACAAUCGGAAAACCCAAAUUGAUCCCUGUUCAACAGAGAUCGUAAUCAUGACUUCACAUAUGCCAAUGGGAACGGCUAGACAACCAUUUGCUCCGUUGCAUAGUUCACGUCUACAGAAUAUCACGAGUGUCAAGAAUCGUCAAAAUGCUCUAUCACCCAAUAAUACCUCUCCUAAACGCAAAGCUACAUCAUUCGAAUCCGACGAUGAUUCCGAAAAUGUUGAUCCUAUAUUCUUCGAAUCUCCCAAGCGAUCCAAGGCUGUUGAGGAAACUAAAGAUACCUACUCAAAACCUACAAGCUACUUCUUAACCAAAGCCCCUCCAUCUCCCACGGAAGCGUCGCUUACCUCUCCUCUCAAACCUAUCAAAUCUACCACUCAGCGAAAGAUACUACAAACUCGUACUCAAACACCAAAAGCCACCACCACAGUCCCAAAAUCUACACCCCUUACCGCUCCAGCAGGUCGCUCACCUACUAGAAAGCGCGUCGGAAUCCUUAACAAUCACCGUCGUGCUUCCGGUUCAAUAACCCGCGUUGAUCCUCCCAAAUUCUCCACCUCAAAGCCUAGCGGCCUUAGCUUCUCAAUCGAUGCCGCUCUUUCAGGAACCAUUCCAUCAUACGGCGCACGUCAACGUCAACGUCAAGCUCUCUCUUCCAAGGGCACGAAGGCCCAAACCUCUCAGAAAGAAAUCCCCUCCUCCCUUCGUGCACCCGAAGGCAAAUCAUCCUGGUUCUUCCAAAUUCACGAAGACACUGAAGAGGAACAUGCCACCAAUCUUAUGGAACAUAGUACUGGCAUUCUGGAUAUCUCCUCCGACGAAGAAACACUUACAAGAUUGAGAGACGAGAGAGGCAAAGAGAAUGUUCCACCUCUAGAUGACAUUUCUCAAACACGUACUUCACUUACUGCUUUCGCUUCGAGUUCUUCUUCCACGUCUAUGUCUCGUAAAGAUGAUAUGGAGAUUAGAGAAAUGAAAAUGAGGAUUAAGAUGCAACAAAAGAAACGAAGGGAAAUGGAAGAGGGUGCUAUUGAUGUUGAUAGAGCCCCAUUGGGAGAGAUGAGGAAAGAAGAUUUCUAUGCAGAAGGUUGUGAUGAGAAGAGUGUUUUCAUCAUUCUUCCAGAUCCUGAACCUGAGGUAUCGGCCGAAGAAGAAGAAGCUGAGAAAGAGACGGAGGCUUCCUUGGAACAAGAAGAACCAAUCCCAGAACCUCAAACCACAAUUCCAUUACCAGAGCCAGUAUCAAUGGCUUACACGCCUGGAAAAGGAAAAGGAAAGGGAAAAGAAAUCGACAUCGAGUUUCUCAUGCAAAAGAAAGUGGUAGAACCAAUGGAGAAACCGGAAGCGGAUUUCGUUGUUUGGGAAAGUGGAAGUGCGAAGGAUGAAAAUGAAUGAGUGACUCGUUCCAAAUGGAUUGUGUAUGAGUUCAUGAGUUUAUGUGUAUGAUUUUUUUGCGAGAGCACUAUGGGAUUGUACUUGGAGGAGUUAAUUACUUGUUUGUAGGCUUGUUUGGUUGUAUAUGGAUGGAUCAAUGGGUGGAUGGAAUGGUUGCAGGGUUACUUGGUUGCGUGGUUGUAUUCGCAUAUAUUGGCUUCUUAUCGUGUUGUUUCUAUCUGUGCUUGUGUUAGGAAGUUUGGGAAUUUUGGGAGGUUUUAGUAGACGGAAAGCUAUUUGAUAUUGCGAUUGCUACUACUAUUGGAAGAACAAAAAAAUGAGUUGAUCUUACAAGUAACA